AUGAAAAAAGAAUGAAGGUGGUUUAAGAACAUGAAGAUCCCAGAAACGCAGCCUCUAAAAUCUAUGAAAACCAGAUAACAAAUCCAAUCCAAAAAAGAUUCCAACUUUUAAAAUGGGAAAGUCCCUACCUUCCUCGACCCGGCUCCAAGAGUUGACCCGAAUCAUCGCCUCCGACAAAUUCUCCCGCCCCAAACGCCCCACCCAGCGCUGGGUUUCGCCGCCGCAGACCGCGAAAACGGGUAACAGUCUUCGGGUCGACCCGGAACGGGCCAGUCUGAAGAUGGAGAGCUCCGAAGAUCAGGGCCGGGUCCCGCUGGCCCGGGUCGUCUCGGACUGCGCCAAGCGGUGGUUUCAGGACACGCUUAAGGAGGCCAAGGGCGGCGACACCGCAAUGCAGGUGUUGGUGGGGCAGAUGUAUCACAGUGGAUAUGGUGUUCAGAAAAACCCUGAAAAGGGACAUGCUUGGAUCAGUAGAGCUUCAAGAAGUCGAAGAGCGGCUUGGAAAGUAAGCGAGAAGCAACCAGGUUACCACGCAAGUGAUUCUGACUCGGAUGAAUUGGAAGAUGUCGCAAAGUAAAAGCAGAUGCACUUUCAUUUUGGAAUGUUUACUUAUAGAGAUGAAAAGAAUGUCCAUAAAUUUCAGUAAGUGUGUCAUUUGCCAGCAGAAAUUUCCUGUCUGUACCUUCUUGGAACACAGAGGAUGACUCUUUGGGAUCUGUUAUGAGCAAAUGAUUACUAAUAUGAUGGUCACUGUAUUGCUACCUGCAAACUGCUUUUGCAUCCACCUCAACCUAUUGGCCCCUUUCAAUAUGCUUCAACUAUUAGCUUAAAUCAUGAAAAAUGUACUUUCUUAGGAGAUCACUGCUAUGUUAAUGAUCAUG